UAGAAAUAACAUUAUCGAUUGUUUAAAACGAAAUGUUUUUAAAAUAUUUGAUUUCCACAAUAUUCUUCUGCAUAAUUUCGUUUGGAAAUGGGAUUUGUGAAGACUGUAAUUUGGAUGAAGUGCAUCUUCAUUUAUUUGGACAGAUUGAAAAUAUUAAACAAUCAUUACAAAUAGUAAACAAUCGCAUGGAUGUAAUUAACGAUAGAUAUUCAUCUAUUAUUGACAAAAAAGAAACUUGUGAAAAUCCACCCAAACCUUCCCGAUCCAUGUUCGAUAUACGCUUUGAUAGCUUGCCCAAACAUUGUGCUACCAAUGCAGUGCCACCCAGCUCAUGUGCCGAAGCCACUAAAUGCACUCGUACCAGUGGCAUUUAUAAUAUCACUGAUUAUCGCUAUAGCAAUCAGACGUUCACGGUUUAUUGCGACUAUGACUAUAACGAUGGGGAUUGGUUAUACUUUUUAACGCGCUUUAAUGGUAGAGAGAAUUUUAAGCGAACCUGGAAUGAAUAUGUUUAUGGUUUUGGCAAUGUUGCCAAUGAAUAUUGGUUGGGUUUAGAGCGUCUCUAUGCUCUAACAAACUAUUAUGGACCACAAGAGUUAAUUGUGUAUAUUGAAAAUUUUGAAGGUAUAGCGAAAUAUGCACGAUAUAGUGAUUUUGUUAUUGGCAAUGCAAGUGAAAAAUAUAAAUUAAAGACAUUGGGAGAAUAUUCGGGUACAGCUGGUGAUAGUAUGAGCAAUCAAUUUGGCUGCUAUUUUACUACAUAUGACAAUGAUAAUGAUAUGAAUGAUCCAUUAAAUUGUGCUCAAGAAUAUGGAGGUGGUUUUUGGUUUAAUAGUUGUACUACUGCAAAUCCCACUGGAUUAUAUAAACGUGGUUUACAUAUAUAUAAUGGAGAUAAUGGAGAUAUUGGAAGCUUUUGGCUUGAUUUUGGUGGCUGGAAUUAUUCCCAUAAAACAAUUAUAUUCAUGAUACGUCGUAAAAGUGCCAUAAAAUUAAAAUAAUUUAGUUUUUCUUAUAACAACAACUUUUUAAAUUAAAUUAGUUUGUGUUUUUUAAAAUAAUUAACUAAAAUUAUUGAAUUUAAUGAAAC